UUUCGCAAGUUCGUCUGACUCGUGUUUGCCGACCGUCUCUGUUUGUUGACACAUCAGCCCUAAUUUCCAUGCUCGUGUGCACUGGAACGCCAUUCGGCUUCCCUUCUCUAAUUCCAAAGGAUCUGAUUAACUGAAAAGUGGGCGAGGAGCUCUCACCUCCCGCUCACAUGGCGAAACGCCAGACGGAGAGCGUUCCGCUCUCCAAAUUUGGCAUUCUUGUCGCGCAGCUAGAGUCCAUCGUCGCUUCGGCCUCUCAGCAGCACCCGGAACCGCUCCUCUGCUUUGAUCUCCUCUCCGCGCUAGUAGCCGCCAUUGAAGAAGAGUCCCAGGAGAUUAUAGUGCAGUGGCAACGGAAGUGCGAAGAUGCCUUGUUUUCUUUGCUUGUUCUGGGAGCUAGGCGUCCCAUAAGACGUCUUGCUUCCUUAGCAAUGGUGAGGGUAAUUGGAAAAGGGGAUGGAAUUUCGAUAUAUUCUGAGCAAGCGAAAUAUGCAAGAGCAAGCAGUCUCCAAGGAUGGUUUGCUGAUUGCAAACGGAGCGAACCCCUUUCCUCUGCUGGUCUAGCUCAAUGCUUAGGAGAGUUGUAUCGCUGUUUUGGUCGAAAGAUUACUUCUGGUUUGACUGAAACAGUCAAUAUUGCUGCAAAACUACUUAAGUUCCAUGAGGAUUUUGUACGACAAGAUGCUUUGCAAAUGCUUGAGUGCGCGCUUGAAGGUUCAGGUUCUGGUGGUGUAUCUGCUGCUUACUCGGAAUCUUUCAGGAUCAUCAUGCGAUUAGGUGUGAGUGAUAAAGCAUUUAUUGUUAGGCUUGCUGCAGCAAGAUGCUUGAAAACAUUUGCUAGCAUAGGUGGUCCUGGUCUAUCAACCACAGAGCUUGAAAAUUCAAUGUUACAUUGUCUCAAGGCGCUUGAAGAUACGAUCUCCUCUCUUAGGGAUGCAUUUGCAGAGGCUUUAGGUGCAUUGCUUGCUCUUGCAUUGAAUCUUGUUGCACAGGUUAAUAAAAAAGGAAAUGAUUACCCUGUUCCAGCAAAGAAAUUGGAGGAUAGUUUGCAAAAGUAUAUGAUCUUACCAUUCAUUAAAGCAACUGGAGUGAGGGCUAAGGAUUUGAGAAUUGGGUUGACUUUAUCGUGGGUUUUCUUUCUUCAGUUGAUACAUCUCAAGUAUCAUAUCUCUGAUGAAGAACUUCAAAACUAUGCUGCACGUGCUAUUGACAUGCUUCAAGAAAAUGCUUCUGCAGAUGCUCAAGCAACGGCUUGUGUUUUGUAUAUUCUGCGAGUCGGUGCAACUGACCAAAUGACAGAGGCUGCACAGAAGAGUUUUUUAGUUCAUUUGGCUAGAAAGCUCAAGUCUGCAGACUUCUGUCAAUCAGCUGGGGUCGCCAUAUUUCGAAUCCUCUCAUACCUUUUAACAGCUUUGGGAGAGGUUCCAGGUGAAUUUAAAGACAUUAUUGAUGACACAGUUGUUGCAGCUCUGUCUCAUUCUUCAGUACAUGUACGCAUAGAAGCAGCUUUGACAUUGCGUGCAUUGGCUGAGGUUGAUCCUACUUCUGUUGGUGGUCUUAUUUCUUAUGGUGUGACUACAUUGUAUGCUUUGAGAGAAAGUGCUGCUAAUAGAAAGGGGAACCAGUUAAAUCAUGAGUUGUUCUCCUUGCAUGGCCAAGCAGCUUUUAUAGCUGCGCUUAUUUCCAUAUCACCAAAGCUGCCACUUGGUUAUCCUUCCAGGACGCCAAAAUCUGUACUUGAAGUAGCGAAGAAAAUGUUGGCUGAAUUUAGUUGGAACCCUUCUGCUGCUACUGUGGAAAUGGAAGCGGGAUGGUUUCUCUUGGCUUCACUUGUUGCUUCUAUGCCAAAAGAACUUGAAGACCAAGUUUUUGAUGUUCUUUUGCUAUGGGCCGACCCUUUUGUUGGAGGAUCUGACAGCCGAUCCAGAAGAUCACAGGAUUUAAUGUCUGAUUUACGGGUUUUGUCAGCAGCAAUUGAGGCACUUGAUGCAUUUAUCAAAAGUUUUGUUUCUCCAACUACAACAUCUUUUAGUGAUGGGAUUUUACUUCAACCUGUGUUAGCAUAUCUUGGAGGAGCUCUGUACCACCUAUCAUUUUUAACAGCCAAGCAUUUACCAAAUUUGAGGCCUGCAAUAGACCUAUUCACCAUCAGAAUACUAAUGACUUAUCAAUCUGUUUCUGAUCCAAUGUCAUAUAAAAGUGAGCAUCCUCAGAUUUUACAGAUAUGCUCGACUCCAUUCAGUGAACCUUCUGUGUGUGAAGAAAGUUCAUGCUUGAAGUUCUUAUUAGACAAACGGGAUGCAUGUUUGGGUCCUUGGAUUCCUGGAAGGGAUAGCUUUGAAGAUGAACUUCGAUCUUUUGAUGGAAGCAAGGAUGAUGGGCUUAUGCCAUGCGUGUGGGAAGGGCAACUUGCUAGUUUUCCACAGCCAUAUUCGAUAAGCCAAUUGUUAGUCAAUCAAAGGCUUUUGUGCUUUGGUGUUAUCUUUUCCUGUCAGGAUGAUGGUGGGAAGGCCUUGCUUCUCUCUAAAAUUGACAAUUGCCUAAAAACCGGAAAGAAGCAAUUUUGGUAUUUGACCAGUAUUAUCAAUGCAUGUGUUGCUCUCCUGGCUGCUUUGAAGGCGAUGCUUGGUGCACGUGUUCAAAGAUGCGGGCCUGAUAUUUUAAGUGCUUUUCAAUCAAUCUUUCUGGGCAUUUUGGCUGAAGGUGAAAUCACUUCAGCUCAGCGGAGAGCAAGUGCCGAAGGACUUGGGCUGUUAGCUCGUCUUGGGGGUGACAUCUUUACAGCUAGGAUGACAAAGAGUCUACUUGGGGAGCUUGUAUCAACAACCGAUUCAAACUAUAGUUGUUCUAUUGCACUGUCAUUGGGUUGCAUCCAUCGCAGUGUAGGAGGAAUGGCUCUAUCUUCUUUGGUGCCAGCAACAGUGAGCUCAGUUUCUUCACUAGCCAAGAGUUCAAAUGUUACUCUUCAGUUAUGGUCAUUGCAUGCACUGCUUUUAAUCAUUGAAGCUGCUGGUUUAUCAUUUGUUCCCCAAGUGCAGGCAACACUCUUCCUUGUUAUGGAAAUUCUACUAGGUGAGGAGAAUGGGUUUGUGGAACUUCGACAAGAGAUAGGACGCAUUGUUAACGCUAUUGUGGCAGUUCUUGGUCCUGAGCUUGUUCCUGGUAGCACCUUCUUUUCACGCUGCAAGUCUGUUAUUGCAGAAAUAAGUGCUUGCCCGGAGAUAUCAACUCUUUUUGAGUCUGUACGAUUCACACAACAACUUGUACUUUUUGCACCACAAGCUGUUUCAAUUCACAAUCAUGUUCAAUCUCUGUUGCCCACGCUAUCCUCAAGACAGCCAAGUCUUAGACAUCUUGCCGUCUCUACUCUCCGUCAUCUUAUUGAAAAAUAUCCUAGUAUGGUCAAUGAGAAGAUUGAAGAAGACCUGUUCCGUAUGCUUGAUGAAGAAACUGACUCAGAGAUUGUUAUUCUGGUCCGUUCAACAAUUACAAGACUUCUUUAUGCAUCUUGCCCGACUUGUCCUUCACGGUGGUUGUCAAUACUACAUAAAAUGGUUCUUUCAGUAUCAACAAAGAAUAAUGCUGAAAAUGGUGCAAAUAAUGAGAAAGAACUCAUGAAUGGCGCAUCUGAAGGUGAGAUAAAGAUGCAUUUUGGAGAUGUUAAUGAAGACAUGAUUGCAAGCUCUUCUGGGGAGUCAAUCCAGAAUUCGAUUAAUAAAAGGGAUAAACAUCUGAGAUAUCGAACAAGGCUAUUUGCUGCAGAGUGUUUGAGCCAUCUACCAGAAGCUGUUGGAGCAAAUCCUGCACAUUUUGAUCUCUUCUUAGCAAGGAAUCAGCGUCACAGUGGCAGUAGUUCCAAUGAUUGGCUAGUACUGCACCUGCAAGAACUCAUCUCUCUUUCUUAUCAGAUAAGCACUGGCCCGUUUGUGUGGAUGCAGUCUAUAGGCGUGGAGCUAUUAACUACCGUUAUGGAGAAGUUCGGAAAAACCCAAGAUCCUGAGCUACCUGGACACCUCCUGUUGGAACAGUAUCAGGCUCAAUUAGUAUCUGCUGUGCGAUCAGCAAUAAGCACUUCUUCUAGUCCUUUGCUUCUGGAGGCUGGCCUGCAGUUGGCUACCAAGCUUCUUACAGGUAGCAUCCUUAGCGGGGACCGUGUUGCUGUUAGUCGAAUGUUUUCAUUAAUUUCCAAGCCACUUAAUGAAAUUAAGGACCUGUGCUACCCAUCAUUUGCUGAAUGGGUUGCAUCCAAGAUUAAAGUGAGAUUAUUGGCUGCCCAUGCUUCCAUCAAAAGUUUUGUGUAUCAGUUCUUCAGAAAGGAAGACAAUAUUCCAGAUGAGUAUCUGCAGCUUGCUUCUCUGCUUUCAAGUAGCUCAAGUAUUUUGGGCCAGUACUGGAUUAGCAUUCUCAGGGACUAUGUUUUUAUUAGCUUUGGCUUGAAUUUGAAGUCUAGCUUCAAACCCUUCCUGGAUGGUAUUCAGUCACCAAUGGUUUCAUCCAAAAUGCGAGUUUGCAUUGAUGAAGCAUGGCCAUUGAUAUUGGAAGCAACUUCUCUAGAUGCAAUUCCUGUGAGGUUGGAAGCAGACCAGGCUUCGAAAACUAAUAGCAUAAUAAAUUUUCAGAAGUCUUCUUUUAUAUCAGGAUAUGGCAUGGUUAGACUAGAACCCAGGGAUUUUGAUUUUCUUUGGGGGCUGUCAUUGAUGGUUCUAUUUCAUGGGAAAGAACCUCUUCUGUCCACAAAAGAAAAAACUUUAUUUUGCUAUACAAAGAAUAAAUAUGAUGGUGAUUCAGUACUUGAGGAGACACAUGAUCUGGCAUCAGGUGAAAUUGCAUUAUUGGUUUUUCAAUCUCUUUCUCAGGAAAGAUUUUUCCGCCCAAAAUUUAUCACAUUGGACUCAUGCAAAGAACUUCUUCAGAUUCUUGUAUAUGCUGAACAUACAUCUAGCUCAUGGAAUAGUCUGGUUGCUGGAUUACUUUCACAGGUCGUGCUAUUUUGCCCUGAUGUCUACUUUGAGAUGGAAGAUUUCACAGCUGCUGCUAUGGAAUUGUUUUUCAAAUGCUUAUCAACAUUUCAUGGUUGUAACAUGGUUUCAAAAGAUGAAGCAAGUUUCACAAGAUUCUUUCCGCAAUUAUUCUCGACUGCCGAAGGGUUAGUAAAAAGGAUGAACAAUAAGAAAAAUCAAGAAAGGAUGAUUACAGCCUUAAUUUCAACAGCUUGUGAGUGGUUUAGAAGAGCAUCAACUAAGCUAUGCUUGUACAAAGUACUUGCAUUUCUCCAUAACCUCGUGACCUUUUUGAAAAGCUAUAUAAAAGAUGAAGCUGGGCGUGACAUGGAAGAUCAGACACAUGUAAGGGCCGUGUUUCUGACCUGGGCAAGUCUGCUAGCAUCUUUGUCUCAAGACUGCACAAAAAGGAUCCACAUUAUAGAUCAUCAGCUGGACGAAUUGGGCAAACUUCUUUCGAAAAUGCUUUUUUUAUGCUUAGAAGAAGCCAUUGUCUUCGCUAAAUUAGUUUACGAAACUCAAAUUUUCAGAACUAAUGAAGGAGGAGACCAACUAAGAUUGUUCUCAGUAUUCCGACUGUUUACUCGUUGCAUUCAGGAUGCUUUAUGUGAUAGAAAUAGACAGGUUCAGUCUAUUGGACUAAAUUUGCUUAAAUUUGUUGUUCAAAGAGAACUUGCUGAACCCUCUAACAUUAAGAGCAAUCAUUUCUUUUUGUUUAUAAGCGGUGAAGUCGUUGGAGAUAUUUUUAUUUUAAUCCAGCAUGAGUUGAAGGAAUCAGUAAGCAAGAAAUCAAUUUCUGUUAUUGAGGAGUGUUUGAGGCUACUAUUCCUCUUUCAUACAUUAGCACAAAGAACGGAGCAGCCCCAAGAAGUAUUAAAGCUGCUUUUAGAAGCCCUAUUAAUGGUUUUUUAUAUUUCAAAUGAAACUAGUUCUCAGGGAUAUCAAGAUGUGAACGCCAUUGCAAGGAUACUUUUUGGCCAUUUGAUCCAUAUUCCUUCAUCUGCCACUCAUCUUAAGGAUGUGAUGCUAUCAAUGCCAGGAUAUCGCAGACAACAACUUCAGGAUAUGCUACGGGCUUCCGUUGCUCAAGAUCAAACAAUACCAAAUAAGAUAAACAUGCAAUCAGACAUAAAACCAAGAGAAGAUAAUCAAUUGCAUGAAUCAGAUGUCAUGGCAUCCCGAACUCUCAAUCAUGAACAGGAUGCUGAUGGGGACAAAAAUGGGGAUGAUGAUGAUGAUGAUGAAUGGGAUGCAUUUCAAUCUUUACCAUCUCAAAAUACAGCUGCUCGAACGCUCGAUUCGCACGAUGAAAAAGGUGAUUCAGAGACUGCUACAGCUAUUGAUCCUUCAGUAAUAGAAAAUGAAGGUUUAGCAGUAGAAGAUGUGAGGGAUACACUAAAUACAGAGAGAAAUGCGUCUGAAGAAGAAAUGAAGCUGGGCACGAAUUACCUCAUUGAUGCUGCAGACUCUAAGAAUCCUGAAGGUGGUGAAAGUAUAAAUAAUAAUGGAGAUAACAGGUCGCGGGAGUCCUCCUAUCAUCAUUCUGAAUCAGAUGAAGCGUCCAAUGAGAUGUUCGACGCCCGUUCUUCGUUAGAAGGUACAGCCGACGAAAUGAUGGGAACUGAAACUGAAGCUGAAGGCUCUGUAAGGACAUGUAUCCUUCAUGAAGAGGUGUCCAUCUGAGGAAAAUGAGGAAAAUGAGGAAAAUGAUCGAUAACAGAUGUAUUUUGUAAGUAUUGAAGAGGAUGUAGCUGAGACUAAAACCCAUCUGAUGAUCAUUUUCCAGCUUCAUCAAAAGGUUGUUAUUAAGGAAAUUAGAAGCAAAAAAUGAAGCUAAAUUUGACAAGAAAAUGAGUGGGAGUUAGUUAAGUUAUUAUGCUUGAAAUCAUCACAUAUGUUGAAGUAGUUGAAUUGUAUGAAUUUAUGAUGCUGAUUUGUUUGAGCGAUAGGACAUGAGAAAAAAGAUUCAUGCAACUGACCCCACUUAGUGGGAUAAAGGCAUGUUUUUGUUGUUGUUGUUGUUGUUGUUAUAUUGAUUUGUUUGAGUAGUAUUUCAAGUAUUGGUUGGAAAACUCGGCGAGGUUGAAAAUUAGAUGAUUCGUGAAAUCAAAU